CUCGCUGUCUUAAACAAAUCAAACUAUCGCGAGAAGCUCGACCAGCUCCCCACCCAAAAUCUCAUCUCCGUCAUCAACGGCCAACGCCUUCCCACGUCAGCACACGGUCGUCUCCAAAGCUAGAGCUUUUGCUCUCUCUCUCUCUCUCUCGCCCACUCUAAUCUUCAACGGUGAUCGAGAUCGAAAUCGAAACCCUCGAUGAUUGAUUCUGCUCUCAGAUGGGAUCGUUAGAGAGCGGGAUCCCGUUGAAACGAACUCCGCUGCUUCGAUCGUCUCCUUCGAGCGGGAGCAACCGAUCGUUCUUUCAUCGGCCGAGAUCUCGGCUAGCUCGAUUCCUUCUCUUUGAAAAGGUCGAUUACAUCCAAUGGAUUUGCACUGCUGCGGCCUUUUUCUUCGUUGUGAUCCUGUUUCAAGCUUCUCUUCCUGGUUCCGUGGUGGAGAAAUCUGGAGGUGAGGUUGAGGAGAGCGAUGGAGCGAUCUUGAAGGGGAUUAGGGGUUUGGAUUUUGGGGAGGGGAUAAGUUUUAUGCCGACGAGGUUGAUGGAGAAAUGGGAGAGAGAGAGGAGAGAGGCGAAUGCAACGAGUUUGGGGAGGGAGGUGAAGAGAUUUGGGUUGAAGAGGCCGAAGAUUGCGUUGGUGGUGGCGGGGCUUUGGGCUGAUGGGGUGCAGUUGGAGAUGGUUAGUGUGGCAGCUGCUCUGAAGGAGAUUGGAUAUGAUAUUCAGGUUUAUUCACUAAAAGACGGCCCUAUUCAUGCUGCUUGGAAAACUUUAGGGAUGCCCUGCAUUAUCCUGAGUAUGGACAUCAAAUGUGAAGUAACUGUGGAUUGGUCGGACUACAAUGGAAUUAUUAUAAGUUCUAUUGAUGCCAGACCGGCAAUUUCAUGUCUUUUGCAGGAGCCUUUCAAAUCAAUACCUGUUAUAUGGAUCAUACAUGAAUAUAGUCUAGCUCUUCAUCUAAAUAAAUAUACUGCAAAUGGUCAAAGUCCACUCAUCAGCGAUUGGAAGCAAGCUUUUAACAGAGCAGCUGUUGUAGUAUUUCCAACUUAUUCUUUGCCGGUGAUGUAUUCAACAUUUGAUGCGGGUAAUUAUUUCGUUAUUCCAAGUUCUGCUACUGAAGCAUGGAGAGCAAGGGUUUUAUUUCCCGUGCAAAGUGGGCAUGAUCUGCGAGCUAAAAUGGGGUUUGGAACUGAGGAUUUUCUCAUUGCUGUUGUGGGAAGUCAAUUCUCAUAUAGUGGCAUGUGGUUGGAGUAUGCACUAGUCUUACAAGCAUUGGCACCAGUUUUCAAAGAGAUGACUUCUGAAGGCACUUCUUAUAUUCCGUUAAAAGUUGGAAUUUCAAGUGUGAAUUCAUCUGAUGCACACAAGAUGGCUCUGGAGACCAUGACUUUAAAAGUUGGUUAUCCGGGAGGCAGCGUGCAGCUUAUUGCUUGUAACACCAAUGAAAUUAAUUUCCUUGGUACAGCUAACCUUGUGAUAUAUGGGUCAUUUCUCGAGGAGCAGUCCUUUCCACCAGUUUUACUGCAAGCUAUGAAUCUUGGAAAACUGGUUGUUGCUCCUGAUCUCAACAUGAUUAAGAAGCAUAUUAAUGACAAGGUAAAUGGAUUUCUUUACUCGAAAGAAGAUGUUGGCAUGCUGAAGCAGAUUUUACUUCAAGCAAUUUCAGGAGGAAACCUAUCUCCUUUGGCCCAGGAGAUAGCAGCAGUUGGCAGAGAGCAUGCCAAAAACUUAAUGGUUCCCGAUACAAUUCAUAGUUAUGCAUCAUUAUUGGAAAAUGUAAUCAAGUUUCCAUCAGAAAUUGCUACUCCAAAGGCUGUUGAAGAUAUGGCUUCAGGAGUAAGAGAAGAAUGGCAGUGGCAUCUAUUUGAAAAUUUCACAGAUGUAAACAAUUUGAAUAAAGCUUUAGAAAAUUAUGGAAUGGUGGACAAGAUUGAGGAGCAAUGGAAUCAGACCCAUAAUGAAGGUUCUACUAGUACCUCACGGGUGGAUGAAGCUUUCUCCUCGAUAACUUGGGAAGAAGAAAAGAUGAUUGAGGCGGUAAAUGCAAGAAAGAGAAUAGAAGAAGAAGAGUUGAAGAGCAGGACUGACCAAUAUCAUGGAACCUGGGAGGACGUUUACCGUAAUGCUAAAAGAGCUGACAGAGCUAAGAAUGAAUUACAUGAAAGAGAUGACAGGGAGCUCGAGCGGACAGGUCAGCCCUUGUGUAUAUAUGAGCCUUAUCUGGGGGAAGGAACCUGGCCUUUUCUGCAUAAUACAUCACUAUAUCGUGGAAUAGGUUUGUACUCUAAAGGCCGUAGACGAGGGGCAGAUGAUAUAGACGCUUCGUCUCGGCUCCCACUCCUUGUUGAUUCAUAUUACCGCGAUGUCCUUGGUGAAUAUGGAGCAUUUUUUGCUUUAGCUAAUCGAAUUGAUCGCAUACACAAGAACGCUUGGAUUGGGUUUCAGUCUUGGAAAGCAGUGGCAAGAAAGGAAAGCCUAUCUGUGAGGGCUGAGGCUGCACUCCUUGAGGACAUCCAAGGGAGAAGGCAUGGGGAUGCCCUUUACUUUUGGGUUCGCAUGGACAAGGAUCCAAGAAACCCUCUUCGACAAGAUUUUUGGUCUUUCUGUGAUGCCAUAAAUGCUGGAAGCUGCAGGUUUGCUGUGUCUGAGGCUCUUCGAAGGAUGUAUGGUAUAGACCUAAAACAUAAUUUGGAUACAUUGCCGCUAAUGCCGGAAGAUGGAGAUUCUUGGUCUGUCAUGCAUAGCUGGGCUUUACCAACAAGGUCUUUCCUCGAGUUUGUCAUGUUCUCGAGGAUGUUUGUAGAUGCCAUGGAUGCUGAGAUGUAUGACCAGCACCAUCAAAGUGGUUAUUGCUAUUUGAGUUUAACAAAGGACCGUCAGUGCUAUUCUCGUGUACUUGAGCUACUCGUUAAUGUGUGGGCAUACCACAGUGCUCGUCGGAUGAUAAGUGUGGAUCCUGAGACAGGCGCAAUGCAAGAACAUCACAAGUUAAAGAACAGGAGAGGUCACAUGUGGGUCAAAUGGUUCUCUUUUGCCACUCUCAAGAGCAUGGAUGAAGAGUUAGCAGAGGAAUUGGAUGUUGAUCAUCCUCAUAGGCGAUGGCUCUGGCCUUUAACCGGUGAGGUAUUUUGGCAAGGAAUGUAUGAGAGAGAGCGAAACAUGCGCCAUCAACAGAAAGAAAGGAGACGGCAACAGAGCAAAGAUAAGAUUCAAAGAAUAAGGAAGCGGGCUCGCCAAAAGACUCUGGGAAAGUACAUAAAGCCUCCUCCAGAGACCACUGGUGAUUUAAAUGCAACUAAAACUCACUGAUCAUUGUUUGCACUGAUUAACUAAUUCUUACUCCACCAUUUUCUAGUUCUUUUCUUCUUUUGUUCUCUUUCUUCCCAUUGAAGGAUUUGUGUCCAUGUGAUUAGUUUGUAUUCUUUCCCUCUUCAGUUUUGUGUAGAUGUGCAUCCUCAGUGCUACUAAGUAUUGGAUCAUAAGCAAUGGUUAUUUGAAAUGUAAAUCUUUAUUCUUUUCUUUUUGUUUGUUUCUCUCAGUUUUAAAAUCUUUUGAUUGACCGGCACAAAUUUUGUAGUUCCAGUUCUUAAAUACUUGUAGAUGCUUUCAGCAUCAUUUAACUUUUAGUGAACCUCUUUGGCAA